ACAAAAAACACACACACACACAUAUACAUUGAUCAAGCAAAACAAUGAAUUCUUUCUUGUGCUUUUUGCUUAUCAUUGCAUUGUGUCUUGGAUCGAGCAACGCGGUCUGGGAAAAAAACACUGUACAUUUCAAAAAUUCUCUUGGUCCACAAAACAUUCUCAAAAUUCAUUGUGUGUCGGACGAAGACAACCUAGGCUUUCAUUUCUUAAGCCCUGGACAAACCUAUGAUUUUAGUUUUCGUGAUAGUUAUUUGAAAACAAAAUUUACUUGUGACUUGAGGCAGGGUCCUGAUUUCAGAUUUCAUGCAUCGUUUACGGCAUAUGAAGGUAAAGUUAUCAUUGUUCGUUAUGGUAUAAAUGUUUUUUGGGAUGCUAGAGAAGAAGGAAUAUACCGUGCAGAGGGUAAAGAAGCGCCCAAACUAUUGAUCAGUUGGGCCCUCUAGAAAUAUUUAUCCCUCAAAUGAA